AUGACUACUGCCAGGAAGAAAUUCAUUGAGAGGUUGGAUCAGGCCAUGGCUACUGCUGAAAAGAUGGCCCCAGAGGACCUGCUGUGCUCCUAUAAGGGGGUUUUGUACCCUGUUACCCAUUGCAGUGCAGAAACUUUCAAAGCUCUCGAGUCCUUUGAAGCCAGGAGUGAUGAUGUGUUAUUAGUGGGAUACCCUAAAACAGGUACUAAUUGGAUUGUCCACAUCUUGAGAGACUUGGUUACAACAAGUGCAAAGAAAAAUGAAGAAGAAAUGAAGAGAAUGAAACAGGAUGAAGAAAUAGUUGAAUAUACAUAUCUUGAAUUUGGAGAUCCAGGGAAGUUUCAGCGGAUAAAGAAAUUAUCUUCUAGAAGAGUUUUCGCAACACACGUUUUUCCUCAUAUGCUACCCACAUCUAUUUUCAAGAAUAAUGUCAAGAUAUUGAUGGUGAUUCGAAAUCCAAAGGAUAUAGCUGUAUCUUAUUUCCACUUUAGCAACAGCAUACCUUCACUUCCCUCCUUCAAAACCUGGGAUGAGUUCUUCAAUGCUUUUCUAAAUGGAAAAGUGUCCUGGGGCUCCUAUUUUGACCAUAUCAUUGAAUGGAACAAGCACUUUGAUGAUGAAAAUAUUAUGUUUAUAACUUAUGAAGAACUGAAAGAGAACCCAAAUUUGGGAGUGAAAAAAAUAGCUGAGUUCUUUGGGUUCUCCGUGACUGAUGAAGAGAGUCAAGCUGUUGCAGACAGGAACAGCUUCCAGACUAUGAAAGAGAACUCCCACAAAACCCAUGGGGCACUUGGAAAUGUUCUCUUCCGCAAAGGCAGUGUUAAUGACUGGAAGAACCUUUUUACUGAAGCUCAGAACCAAGAAAUGGACAAAAAGUUUGAAGAGUCCUUAGCAGGAACUAAACUGGGAGCAAAGAUCAAGUAUGGGAUGUACUGCAAAGCAUGA